CUCAAAUUAGUGUCUAAAAUAAAAAAAAUAUAAUGAUCCAAUAACGUGCACGAAAACCAACUGCAAAACAAUGAGUGACAAAAAUAAACAGGAGGUCAAACAACCGAAUUCCUGCUGCGUGUCAUCGUCUGCAGAAGAAUCCGCUCCACCAAUUGGCAAUACCAGAGAUUGUGAUGAUAAUGUCGUUUCGGAGUCACGUGCUGAGAAUAAUUACAAUGAAUUGGUGGAGUCUGAUCAAAAUGAUGACAACGGUGAUUCGAACCCAUCACCUCCUUCUGGCCCACCGCUACAGCGAGAAGAGUUAGAAGACUCUUCAGAAGACGAUACCCCUGAUCUGGAUCAUAAAAUAAGCCAAAUAAGGGGCUUAGAAGGCUUGGUCGUGAAUAGCUCGGAAUGGUACGAUCGCGUCAAGCUACACUUGACUCAUUUUGAACGAGAGGAAUUGUGGGACAGAACACCUUGGGAAAUAAAAAUGUAUUGGGAUGACGUCGAUUACGAUGAUGAAAAUGAAGAUGAUGAAGCUGAACUUGCUGACCUCACUAACCAUGCUGACCUCACUAACCAUGCUGACCUUACUAACCAUGCUGAACGUGAUGAUAAUGACGAUCCUGAUGAUCCUAUUAAUUGAGCUAAUACUGCUCCUCCUGAGUUCUUAAAGGAUCAGUACUAUAUUGCACUUAUUUAAAAAAAAAUGUUCAAGCACAAUUUGUUUGUUGUAAAAUCAUGUUAUUUUGUGUUUUCGC